AUGCCACCAAUCAGGCCCUCCUUCAAGAAUUCAAUUAUUAGUCCCUUCUCUCACUCUAAAGAAUCAAAAAUUCCAAAGAUAAGAGCGAAUCUAUAUGAUAUGGCAAACCUGAAUGUUUACUUCAUGGCAAUAGCUGGAAUAAUUAUGAUUGGCAAUGACAAGGUAGCACUUGGUCAAGGAUGCCAAGGUGACCUACAAGGUCUAAUAACAGAAUGUGCAAAGUACGUUCAAAAGCUUGGUCCGGAAAGGGAUCCGUCUCAAGGGUGCUGCAAUGUCAUCAAAUUUGUUGAUAUUCCAUGUGCCUUCAAGUAUAUCUCCGAUGAGAUUGAGGAUGUCAUCGACAUGGGCAAGGUUGUUCAUGUUGCUGAAUUCUGUGGCAAAGCUCUACCUCACGGCAUGAAAUGUGGAAGUUACACAGUUCCAUAAGUAGGUGAUGAUGUUGAAAGAGCAUUAGUAAUAAUAAUAAUAAUAAUGUAUAAAUUAUAUGACCUGAUGAAAUGGUAUUUGUAGAAGAAACCAAUGUUAUCAGGGCAACUGAUAAACCAUAAACCAAUGUUAUUAAGAUGAUAUGAAGGGAUCAGUCUAUAAACUAUUUACGGAGACGUGUCUUCUUGCUGUGAUGUUGAGCUGCCUAAAUAAACAUGAACUAAAUUUCAAACUAACAUAGAUAAGUUUCUGGAAUUUUCCUGAUCAUGCCGUUGGAAUGCUUUUUACGUAAAUAAUCAACUGACGCAAUGUGGUUAGAACUCUUUGCAUGAUAUGUUUGCUUCACCCAAGAGAUUUUAAAAAAGAAAAAAAGGAAUUUAAAGUUAUGACAUAGAAAGAAAGAUUAAGGUACGAUUUGACAAAGACAGUAGAGCUAACUCUCUAGGAAGACUUCUAAGGACGACAGUCAAUGAACGGAGAGGUCAUAAAGCCCAAACCUCUAUAGGGAAAACGAAGAUAGAGUUCUUCCAGGAUCAGAUGAC